AUGUCUUCCCUAGCAGAAGCAACCGCAAUCUUCUGGGCCCUCGUAGGCCCCUGGAUGUUCCUCCUAAACGCCUUCUCCUACCUCCCCCCCACCAUCCUCCGCCUCUUCCGCGAAGGCGACUACGCAGCCCUUACGACCCCGUCCCGCGUCCAAGACGCCUGGUUCUCCGCCUUUUGGGCCUGGCUCGGCCCCAACAUCCGCGUGGGUAGGUCGGACAUGAUGGUCGCCCUCCUUGAGGGCCGCGUCACGGACGGCAAGGUCGUAGAGGAGCCCGUCCACCCGCCCGUCAGCGGUGUCGUCCUGGAGAUCGGGCCCGGGUCCGGGAUGUGGGUGGACAUCUUCGCCAAGGGCCGCGACGGCGACGAGAAGAAGAAGGCUGCCGACGCAGCGGCUGGUAUGGCGCGCGGCGGCGUCAGGAGGCGCGUCGCAGAGGGCGUGGCGAGAGUCUACGGCAUCGAGCCCAAUACCGAGGCGCACCCGGCACUAAGGAAGAAUGUCCAGGCCGCCGGGCUCGAGGGCACCUACGAGAUCGUCCCCACCGGCAUCGAGUCUCUCUCCGACCCCACGGCGUGGAACGGCAAGAUUGAAAAGGGAAGCGUCGACUGCAUUGUUUCCAUUCUCUGCCUCUGCAGCAUCCCCGAGCCCGAGAAGAACAUUGCCGAGCUCUACUCCUAUCUCAAGAAAGGGGGCAGGUGGUAUUUGUACGAACAUGUCGAGGUGAUGCAGAGCCGCCCCAUCCGCCUCUAUCAGCGUAUCGUCAAUCUGGUUUGGCCGCGGGCUUUGAACGGCUGCCAGCUGUGCCGCAACACUGGUAACAACCUGAGGUCUGCAGGGCCAUGGACAAAUAUUGACAUUCGCCAACCCCAUGAUGAGACAUGGUUUCAAGUAGUACCACACAUUUUUGGAACUUUUACCAAGUGA